CACAGCUUUUACUUUUCAAACGCUCCUCUGGCAGAAGAGCUCAUUCUUUGCCUGGAAAACAGCGGAGUUGGCGCUGAUGCGUCCUGGCAUGUGAUCCCAGUUUACAGACAUCAGCCGCCUCGCCGCUGCAGCUUCCCAUUAAACUUUCCAUGCUCAUCCAGUGGAGAGCACAUAGGAGGUUUGUUUGGACCGUAUCCGCUCGAUCGUUCGUUGCGCUCCGGUUCUCCACCGUCGGCUCUCCACGUUCAGAGUCACUCGCGCGGCCCCGGGAGCUGGCCUGGGUCUCGCGCGCAUGGAGGGAGACGUCAUGGACAAAGUGGAGGCCACGGCGACGGUCCGAGACUUCGACACCAUCAGUGGGAGCAUACCGGCCACCAAAGUGGAGAUCACCGUGUCAUGCAGGAAUCUUCUGGACCGAGACACUUUCUCCAAAUCUGACCCAUUGGUUGUGCUGUACACCCAGGGCGUGGAGUCCAAACAGUGGAGAGAGUUUGGAAGAACGGAGGUGAUAGACAACACGCUAAACCCAGACUUUGUCAGGAAGUUCAUUCUGGACUACUUCUUUGAGGAGAAGCAGAACCUGCGCUUUGACGUGUAUGAUAUUGAUUCUAAAAGUCCGGAUCUGGGAAAGCAUCCAACCGACUCGAACGACUUCCUGGGCCAGGUCUACUGUACACUAGGAGAGAUUGUGGGCUCACCUGCCAGUCGCCUGGAGAAACCUUUGGGUGGCAUACCUGGGAAGAAAUGUGGGACCAUUAUCUUGUCUGCCGAGGAGCUCGGAAACUGCAGAGAUUACGCAACAAUGCAAUUCUGUGCCAACAAACUGGAUAAAAAGGACUUCUUUGGAAAGUCUGAUCCAUUCAUGGUUUUCUACAGAAGCAAUGAGGAUGGCACGUUCACAAUCUGCCACAAGAGUGAAGUGGUGAAGAACACACUGAACCCUGUGUGGCAGCCCUUCUCCAUCCCUGUCAGAGCACUCUGCAACGGAGACUAUGACAGGACAAUCAAAGUGGAAGUGUAUGACUGGGACAGAGACGGGAGCCACGAUUUUAUUGGUGAAUUCACCACUAGCUACAAAGAGCUGUGUCGGGGUCAGAGCCAACUAAAUGUCUACGAGGUGGUGAACCCCAAGAAGAAAAUAAAGAAGAAGAGAUACAUAAACUCUGGGACGGUGUCCUUGUUGUCAUUCACUGUGGAAUCAGAACACACCUUCCUGGAUUACAUCAAAGGAGGGACCCAGAUUCACUUCACAGUGGCCAUUGAUUUCACUGCAUCAAACGGAAAUCCGUCCCAGUCCACUUCACUGCACUACAUGAACCCAUACCAGAUGAAUGCCUAUGCCAUGGCCCUGAAGGCUGUGGGAGAGAUCAUCCAGGACUAUGACAGUGACAAGAUGUUCCCUGCCCUGGGAUUCGGUGCUAAGCUGCCCCCUGAUGGGAGGGUCUCCCAUGAGUUCCCUCUGAAUGGCAACAUUGAGAACCCGUACUGUAACGGCAUGCAUGGGAUUCUCGAAGCUUACCAUCAAAGCCUUAAGACGGUUCAGCUGUAUGGGCCCACCAACUUUGCUCCUGUUGUUAAUCAUGUGGCAAGGUACGCUGCAGCAGUUCAGGACGGAUCUCAGUACUUUGUGCUGCUCAUCAUCACUGAUGGCGUCAUAUCGGACAUGGCCCAGACCAAGGAGGCCAUAGUGAACGCAGCUAAACUCCCCAUGUCUAUCAUCAUUGUUGGAGUUGGCCAGGCUGAGUUCGAUGCCAUGGUGGAACUGGAUGGUGACGAGGUCAGGAUCUCCUCGCGGGGGAAGCUGGCAGAGAGAGACAUCGUACAGUUUGUCCCAUUCAGAGACUACAUGGACCGCACAGGUAACCAUGUGCUGAGCAUGGCCAGACUGGCUAAAGACGUACUGGCCGAGAUCCCUGACCAGCUCAUCUCCUACAUGAAGAGCAGAGCCAUUAAACCCAACCCUGUCCCACCCCUAGCUUACUCGCUUGGCGACCACCCCCCACAGACCAACCCCGUCUGAGCCACCGCACAGCUCUGCAUUGAAGCGGGGCAGGCUCACAAUUAAUGGGAACCUGCCUCCACCGACUGUCCUUUGAGGGGAAAAUGGAAAUGCUUUUGAGGCCCUUUCAUAAAUAUUAAUUCAUCUUAACAAAAAGAUGAUGAGACUCCAUUUCAGUUUGGAGCAAUACGGGUGUUUUGGGACAACCUGCUGAUGAUCAGGGGGUUUUGUCUCUCUGAGAGCGCUGAGAGGAGCCUUGUGUAAACUGAGGUUUUUGUUGUUUGCUGUCAAACCUGUCAAAGUGGUGAUGUAAUGGAUAGCAAGUAAACCCAUAGAGAGGGCCUUUAUGAAGGCAUAAAUAUGUUAGAAUGUGCCAGUGUGUAUCAUGUUUGUGAUACCUUUUGGAGUUGAUGUGUAUUAAACUAGGAGAUCAUCUGUAUACUAAUUUAUUUAUUUAUUAUUGCAGAAAUAAUUUAUUCCUUUGAGAGGAUUUUAAAUGGUGGGGAUGUAAGUUAUAUUUCCCCUGUAGUUUUCCAUCUUAUAUUUUGUGACUAGUGUAAUUAAAAAACCCAUUUCUACUUUGAUAAGGACUGUAAUAUAAAAGCAUGUGAUAAAACCUUUUCAGCAGUUUAGGAAUCAUUUUCACCGGUGGUAAAUUUUUGAUUGUAAGCUGUUAUGUAGAGGACCUGCUGUGAGCUGUUGCCAUACUGAUUUUCCAGCACCAUGUCUUCUACGUAUUUCUGAUAUCUGUAUUAACAGAAUGCACUAAUUACUGUCCAAAUGAAAAGCACAAAGGGAGUAAUGUUAACAAGCUGAAAACCCCUAAAUGAGCCAACAGCUAGACCACAAUGAAAAUAAUGGAAAGGACCCCAUGUGAUGUCUUCAACGUGGCUUUAACAUACCAUGAAGGAUUGUACUGGUAUGUUAAGUUUGUAUUAAUCAUAAAAACAUUGUUUACAGGAAAACAGGAAUAAUUUAAAGCUCACACUUUCUUUCCCUGUUAGUAUGCCAAGGUAAAUUAUACUCCUUAACUCAUGCUGCCAUAUCUCAUCUGGUUUUUUUUCCAUUAUAUUUGUUGUGGUUAUAGUUUAUUGUCUGGGAUUUUGCUCCGUACUUUUAAAGGACCCUACAAAGAAACUAAUAAAAGACUGAUGUCAACUAAUACCCACAUUUUUUCCCCUGCUUGAAUUGCUUUGUUUUCUUACUAUGAAAACAGAGCAAUCACAAAUCUUGCAACAGACUAUGAGAUAUUUGGGCAUUUUAACUGACUGCAUAAAACAAGACAUUCAACAAAACAGAAAGCCCAUUUUUCUUGAUUCAUUCAGUGUCUUAUGUGUGUAUUAUGUUUUAGUUUUUCAAAUCAACAUUGAAUUUUCCAGGAAAAUCUUUAAGGCACAAGAGCCCAUUUUAUAGCAGAACACUGGGAUACCAUGUUAAUACCUAGGUUAAAAUGUCACCAUUUUGAUUUGUGAUUUAUUUCAGUUGAUAGAUACACAGUUGUUCAUGGCUUUUUGUUUUUAGUCUAUAAAAAUAUGUAAAGACAGUUACAGCCAUUUUGGCUUGCGGUAUGUUCCGAACACCCUAAAUUGUCUAUUUAUAAUUUGUCUGUCCAUUAUUUUCACUAUUAUCUCUCAGUCACUCAACAUCUUGAUCCAGAUGUGCCUAUUAUAUGGAAACAUAUCCAAAUUUAGUUACCCAGGUGUUACUCUGCCAGCAGCAGCAGCAGGUCUCAUGUUUAAGAUUUACAUACACACACACACACACAGAAAAUCUUCAUGACAGUAAAACUGUUGCAAGAUUAGGACUAUGACAGCUGCAUUGGCUGACACACAGUCUCAACCAGAAUUGUAUACUUUUUAUACCUACAGCUCUUCACUAAUGAUCUUUGAAGUAAUGGAAGUUAACUGUCUCUGAGCCUUGUUGUACAAUAUUCAAAGUCAAGACUUGUUUACAAUUUAACUGUGGCUGUUCACAUUUCCUCAAGGAAAAUGUCACCAUUCAUGGGUUUCAUUAAGACGAGCUUAUUUUUGAGAUGUGUUAUUCAGUCUUAGUUUGUACUUAAAGAGUUUAAUUUAAUGACACUGGAGAACUAAGGUUUAAUAGGAUUUUUGGGUUAUCAGCAAAUAUGAAGCUUUGUUAGAUUUUUGUUUUGUGUUUAUGUAACUCAUGUUGCUUUACUAUUGUUGUCAGCCUGUUUGACUUCCAUGGCUGUAGUGCUCUCAGAGAGCAGGCAGAGUCUGAUGAUACUGCAGAAACUCAGUCCAGAUGCAGUGAAGUCCUUCUGUCACAGGCCCCGCUCCAUACCACUUCUUUUUUUAAUUAUUAUUUUUCAUUAGCAAUGACAUGCCUCCCUCAGAUAAAUGAAGCAGCAUUUAAUCUGCUGCCAAAUUCUCUUGUUCACCAGAACUGCAACACGGCCAUUAAGUGUGGGUACAAAACAUUCUUAAAUACCAGUAUACCUCUACACAAAGCCAUUCAAGCCUAAAAGAAAUAAUUAAUAUACAGCACAUUUGAAUAUUUUACUACAUUUGUUAUUAAAUAUAUUGAAAUAAGUAUCAUGAAUUCCUAACUUCAGUAUCAUAAAAUGAUAGAUGUCUGAUAUAUUGACUUUGCAGGUAACACACAGUGUUUUCACACGAUUCGUUUCCAAACAAUUACAAGCUGCUCAUUACUCAGAAAAUUAAUUUGGGAAUGUUCAUUAUUUGGCAGGCAUGAUGGCCAUUAGUCAGGCUCAGCAUGCCGCUCCUAUAGUGAGUGUGAUUGCACAUGUCUGUGAGAGCAGAGGUAAUGAGAGUGUGAGGUGGCGAUGGGGCUGUGUGUGUGUGUGUGUGUGCACAUUUCAGAAUACUAAUCAAAAAUUAGUUCAAAUGUUUUUUGUUUACUGCUCUACUAAGACUGUAACAUGCUCUACUUUUUUUUCUCUGCCAGACUUCACAGGGAAAUGAGAAAUGCCACCCCCACUAAUAAUCAAAUAGUAAAUAUGAAAGGAGCACAAUAAUAACAUUUGUGUAAUUAAGAACCAUUCAGUUAUUAUGAAAACUAUUUUUUAAUCUAAAAUAUGUCUUUCCAAUAGUGGAAUUGUUUCUUUUCUUUUUGUGAAAUGACUUUGAAUAUCCCUUUAUUUAGAUUUUUAUUUUUUAGGCUGAAGACUAAUUAUGUACAUAGGCCCUGUUUAGAGACUAUUUUGUGCCAAAACGUGUUCAGACAAUGUGCAUGUUUGUGCCAAAAUGGAAGGAUGUUUGGUAGUCUGCUUUCAUUUCACCUGGUUAGUGCAUCUGCCAUGUGCUUCUUUUGGUAUUUCUGAAGGUAUUUAGAGAUAACAGCCUCUAGCAUGUUGCAUCUCUAGUUUCUUUCCAUUCUUUUCCUGUAAGACACAUACUGUAUGGGUUCUUCUUGCCACUACUCCUGUUUUAUCCCAGGUUGUUUACAUACCUCUCUUGGUCUCUGACUUGCAUGCUGAAUAAUUUCCAAACCAGGUGUUGGACAUGAUAUUGUCGUCAUACUGUGGUUUGUGAAAUGCUUUGUAAUGGAUUGCCUUAAUUGAAGAUUAAUUAAAUAUUGACAACUUUGCCAGAAUG